AUGAGUCGUAAUGACAUUCAUGUCGCCAUCUUACAGAAUUUUUUAAUUUCAGAAAAAGGUGGCGAGCGUAUGAUUGAGAACAUUUCGAAGCUUGUCCUCUGCUCAAACCCCAACACCAAAAUCAGUGUUUACGCACCGAUCCAGGGUGACGCAUUCCCCAAUCAGGAUGACUAUGACUUAAUUAUUCUCACUGGCGGUCCUUUUAAUCUUUUAGAAGAUGAGAAGCCUUCAUGGGUAAAUGAAACCUUGAAUUUCAUCAAAUCCAUCACCACAGGUCGAAUUGGAGUUGAGACUAUUCCGUUGACCUCUGGCGGUGCAACAUUUUUUAAUGCUAGAUCGCUGGACAUACACAAAAAUCAUCUACUUGUUGUGGAUGAUAUUGGCCCUCAUCUUUCUUGCCUGGCUCUCAACAAUGAAAUACUUCUAUCGAAAGACAACCAGGUCCUCACUUUUCAAGGCCACCCAGAGCUGGAUGCAAUCCUUUCCCAAUUAUUUGUGGAUGUUAAUAACCCUUCCUAUUUCGACCGAAAUGAGCUGAAGAGAGUCCUUAAGCCUAUUGAUGCACCCCAUGAUGGCGAAAUUAUCUUCGUAUCAAUUAUGAAAUGGGCAUCGGAAGACAUAAAUUUUAACUGA